GAGGUACCAGAACUGACACCGACCCGUCUGAGGAGAUGAGGACAUGGACACACACACUCCAUCAGGAGACCGUAAUCAACAGUCUCUUCUGAAGUUAAAGGAGGUGAUCAGCUGCACACAGUCAGACUGUCACUGUAAGUCUUUCCUGCCCGGACGGCAUCACAUCAGGUCAUGUGAUCGCUGCACGCACGGCUGGGUCGCCCACGGUAUGACACACACUUCUAUUGGUGAGAUGUGCAGUCCGGCUGCUGCUGUGUGUUCGGGGCAGGUGGAGAUCGUUCAGAGUCACGUGGUGUUUGACAUCAGCAGUCUGAUUCUGUACGGGACGCAGGCACUUCCUGUGCGGAUGAAGAUCCUGCUGGACCGUCUGUUCAGUGUGCUCACACACACACAGGUGCUCGACAUCAUACACACACUCGGCUGGACACUGCGGGACUAUGUGAGAGGAUAUAUGCUACAGGACUCCAUGGGGACGGUUCUGGAUCGUUGGGUGACCAUGACCCCAGAGGAUGAGGUCGUGACCCUGCAGCAGUUUUUGCGUUUUGGAGAAACAAAAUCCAUUGUGGAGCUCAUGGUUGUUGCGAAAGAGCAGAUCCACCUAGAAACUCCAGACCGAGUCUCUAAAACAGCCGGUAAUGAUUCUGAUAUCUGCACUUACACUGAGAGCAACAGUCUCCAUCGCAGUUCCACGUUUAAGCCGAGAAAUCAAUCGCCCUCCAGCCUGCAGCACUUUGAGAAUCUUCCAGGAGAAAAUCUAGCGUUCCUUCAACCGUUUCACUACAUCAGUCCGUCGACAACCCCUCUGUUUCACUCUCGACAAACUUGCCCUGUUGAACGUCAUCCUACAACCCAACAACAGCAAUGCCUUGGACGAAUGACAUCAGAGCUCAGAGGAGACAACAUGCCAAGAAUCAGAAACAGAGGAAGAAAUGGGAAGACCAACAAAGCGUUCAUCGGGUCGCCAAAAUACUCCCAUGACGAACAUAGGGUUGGCGACCUCAACACUGAAGUUCGAUUGUUGAAAGUUGACUCUUCAGUCCCUGAUUCUUCCUCCUCUGUCACACGGGAACGCCGUCCAGGAUUGUCCUUGAGCAAAGGACGAGUGAGCUGCAGCACGUGCGCAAAGACUUUUUACGACAAAGGAACGCUGAAGAUCCACUUCAACGGCGUACACUUGAAGAUCAAACACCGCUGUACCAUCGAGGGCUGCAACAUGAUGUUCAGUUCUCUGCGCAGUCGAAACAGACACAGCGCAAACCCAAACCCGCGGCUGCACGCUUCGGCGCAGCACACAGUGCAGUUGUCCAUCCAGCCCAGACAUAGUAAGAUGUUCGUCGCUCAACCCUUCACGAACACCACUCCACCUGUUUCCAUGUCAACAUGCCUUUUGGUUUCCACAGCAAACAACAACACCGUAAUGACUGACCAACUAAAACAUCAAAGUGGCUCUGGAGCAGGAGGAGGGGGUACAGGGCAUCUCACAGCCAGUCAGAAUGGCCUCAGUGAUAUGAUUGACAUGAUGCCUAAAAAGAAGCCACGCAAGUCCAGCACCCCGUUGAAGAUUAAGCGAGAGAAUCGCCAUGACAAUCAUGAUGAGGAUGAUAAAGAUGAUGGACUUUUUAAACUCCCAAUGAAUAAACGGAUGAACAGUCGGUCGCAAAGACAAUCAGUCAGCAGUCUCUGUGUCAACAAACACCAUUCUAUCAACAAUCCCAUCAGUUACAGUGUAUCAGAUCAGGACUGUUACAACUGUGAUCUAUAACCGGCACUCAUUUACACAAAAGAAACACCUUCAUAAGACACCUGGCUGUGGUUGUCAUAAUAACAGCCAUGAUGAAGUGAUAAACGGGUGUAUAAAGAGAGUGAUUCCAGGAGGAGUGUGUGAUAAAUGGAAAGAGAGAAGAAGAGCAAGAAGAAACGAGAGAUGGGACCCCAACUAUGACCAUAGAGGUCAUCA